CCACUUGGACUAUAAAACACAACAAAUCAUAAAGCCGGGGAAGGACGGCAAGGCUCCUUCCAAUGAGUUCUUAUUUUGUCAACUCGACCUUCCCGGUGAGUCUGGCGGUGGGGCAGGAGCCUUUCCUGGGACAGAUCCAGCUGUAUCCCUCGGACUAUGCGGAUCCGUUGAGGCACUACCCCACCACCUAUGGAGCCACGGGCGUCCAGAAGGGCUACACCUCCUCUCCCUACUACCAGCAAAGCAAUGGAGCCUACAGCCGCAGCUCUGCCUGUAACUAUGGGGCCGACGGGUUUUUCAGGGAGAAAGACCCUGCUUGCGGCCCUCCCAACCUGGACGAGGUGCCCUUCGCCCCCGAGCCGCUCAAGUCGGACUGCGCACAGAGCAAAAUGGGGUUCGGAGAGAGCGAGGAGCAAAAGUGUUCCGCCCCGGUUUAUCCCUGGAUGCAGCGGAUGAACUCUUGCAAUAGUUCUUCCUUUGGGCCCAGUGGCCGCCGAGGCCGCCAGACCUACACCCGCUACCAGACGCUGGAGCUGGAGAAGGAAUUUCAUUUCAACCGCUACCUAACCCGGGGCCGGCGGAUCGAGAUCGCCCAUUCCCUCUGCCUGACGGAGCGGCAGAUCAAAAUUUGGUUCCAGAACCGCAGGAUGAAGUGGAAAAAAGAGAAUAAAUUGCUCAACUCCUCGCAACUGAGCGCGGAGGAGGAGAAAACAGCUGAGUGAAAGUAAUAUUUAAAACAUACACACACACACACAAAAAAAAAAAAAAAGAGUGAGUGAAUGUGUGUGUGUGAGAGCUGAGAGAAUGAGGGAGAUGUGAGCCGGUUGCGGGUACAUGGAAAACCUGAACAUUGGUGGGACAAGCCCUCCGCAGCAGCAGCAACAGCUAAAAAGUUUGGGCCACCGAUAUCAUGGACUCGUGUUCCCAGUGAUCUGUCGUGUCCGGGGGAAAAAAAAAAAAAUCAGACUUCUAGUUGCGUUUAUAGUUUUUUCCCCCUUCCUAGACCUCCAUCUCCUCCCACUCCACCCCCGAGGUAAAAUAAUAAUAAUAAACAAGUGAAGAGAUAGAGAGAGAAGGGGAGGGGGGAAAGAAAGGGGGACCCCUCCCCCCCCCCACCCAACAAAAAAGGACUCCUACCAGUGUUUCUACCCUUGGUGUCACUGUUAGUGCUAACUCUUGUAUUUAAUGGAAGUGCUGCAAUAUAUGUAAUUUGUGAUGUUUAUUGUCUUAAUUUUGUAAAAAUGUUUCAUGCACGGUUGACAUAGGGUUGUUUAUUUAAAAAAAAAAAAAAUCAUCGUGUUUUUUUUCUCCUUUGGUAAAUUAAUCAAGCCCUGGGGUCUUUGUAAUUAGUUUUGUGGGUUUCUUUUCCCUUUUUUAAAAAAGGAAAGUCUACUGAAAGAACGAGUACUACCUAAAAGGAUGCAAA